AUGUCCGACGUACCACCAACCGAGCCCAUUCCCAAACCAGAGGAACCUAAAGCACCAGCCCCUGCACCUCAGCAACCUCAGUUCCAGCAAGUCCCUCCACCAAAUUACUACCAAUUUCCACCUCAAGGUUACUACCUACCACAAGGCUUCCCGAACUACCCUCCUCCUCAGCCUAUGCCUUACUUCCCCAACCCUUGGAU